AUGCCAAUCGAGAGUCAAGCCAUAAGUGGUUGGCGACGGCGCAAAAAUGCCAAUGAAAUACGCCGUUUAAAAUCUCCUGAACCAAAAUCUCAAUUCGAGUUGUCUCCGAACUUAAUCCACAAUGCGAAGAUCUUGUCUCCUUUUCUGGCGAAACUCGCGCCAACAACCACAAAGCCAACAAGGCACUUCCAUUCUCCACUGUGGGCUCAGCCCCAAGUACGAGAUGUCGGUACAUGGGUGUAUCAUGGUGGACGAGCAGAAGUGCCAUUGAACCACGGAUUUGGAAUAAUUUCAUCACGUGACGUUGAGCUGACCGUAGACUGA